UUAUUAUUAUAUCUAAAAUAUGGCUACUCCAGGAGAAACUCCAGCACAAGCCCCAGCUCCAGCUCCAGCCCCAACCGCUGAAGGUGAUGCCCCAGCUGAAAGAUCCGGCUUCAGAGGCGGAUUCGGCGGAGGCAACAGAAGAAGAGGUGGAAGAAGAAGAUUCGAAGAUGAAUGGAUCCCAUGCACUAAGCUUGGAAGAUUAGUGAAGGCCGGACAUAUCAAGUCUUUGGAAGAGAUCUACACUCACUCUCUCCCAAUCAAGGAGUAUCAGAUUGUUGAUCACUUUGUCAAGGAACUCAGUGACGAAGUUAUGAAGAUCAUGUCUGUCCAGAAGCAGACCAGAGCCGGUCAAAGAACAAGAUUCAAGGCCGUCAUCGCUGUAGGAGACAGAAACGGACACGUCGGACUCGGUGUUAAAGUUGCCAAGGAAGUCCAGAUUGCCAUUCAAGACGGACUCAAGGAUGCCAAGCUCAACCUCAUCCCAGUCAGAAGAGGAUACUGGGGAAACAAGAUCGGAGAUGUUCAUACCGUACCAUGUAAAAUGACCGGAAAAUGUGGUUCAGUCAGCAUUAGAUUGGUUCCAGCCUCAAAGGGUGUAGGUGUUGUCGGAGCUCCAGUCUCAAAGAAAUUGCUUCACUUCGCUGGUAUUGAAGAUUGUUACACCUCAUCCACUGGACAGACCAGAACCAGAGAGAACUUCUUGAAGGCUACCUAUAACGCUUUGAAGAGAUACUACGGAUUCUUGACCCCAGACUUGUGGCACGUAAGAAACACUGAUGCUUCUCCAAUGGAUGUACACUCUAAAUUCCUCGAGACCUGGAAGGACGAAUUUGAGAAGAAGAGAAGAGCCGGAAGAGGCAGAGGUAGAGGAAGAGGCAGAGGCGGAAGAGGCCGCGGAAGAGGUGGUCCAAGAGGAGGCAGAGGUGCUCCAAGAGGCGGAAGAGGAGGUUACAACGCUCCAGCUGCUGAAGGACAAGAGACCCAACAACCAUCCACUGAUGCCACCCAGCAACCAGCUGAGACUACUCAAUAAGCUUCUUGCUAAAUCAUUCAAUGGU